ACAACCUGCAGAGAAAAAGAGGAAGAACGACAACAGAAAAGGUGUACAACAAUAAAAGUGGGCGGGACUCUAAGUAAACAGUAUAGCAGGAAGGAAGGUGAUAAAGGUGCACCUUCACCUGAACGCGAACACUCCUUCUUGGAGAGCAGACCAGUGAGCUUCGACGUGGAAAAGACUAUGAAACAAGACCACUCCAAGAUCUGAUCUUUGGACUUAGGUGUCCAUCCUGUCCACAGAAAUGUGGUCUCUGAACAUCAUUAUUCUCCUGCUCUUCUGCUACGCUCGUCUAUCCAGCGGCGACGGCAAAGUGCGCUUCUGUUCCAAGAACUUUUACAACAUCCUCCACUGGGACCCCGCCCAGCCCUCCUUCCCCGGGGAGAAGGUCCUCUACAGCGUCUUGUACAGAAGAUACUUGGAUAACCAUCCUUUCCAGACGAAAAGCGAGUGUCGCAACAUCAGCCGUCUCCACUGCAACCUGACGGCGGAAACGCCUUCGGUCCCUCACGUUCAGUACCAAGCCCAGGUCAGCGCCAACGGGCGUUUUCACGGCUGCACCACCCGGCUGAAUCCCAUCGCACACACCAUUUUGGGUAAGCCCGCCCUGUCUCCGUGGGCAAGCGCGUCGUCCUUGAACAUCGACGCCACGCUUCCAUUCGGACCCAACGAAACCUCAAUCGGAGACAUCAUUAGGGGCAGCAAGAGCGGGCCCGUCAGACCCGUGAUUGAGUACACCCUAAACCUCACGUCACCAGCGUGGGCGGCACAGGUGAUUUACAGCAAAUCCGGCAACUUUGUUAUCAAUUUAUAUAGCAAAUCCCGCAAGGAGAAAUACUGCGGCUUCGUGGUCUACAAGCCCUCCUGUGAGUUGGGUCGUCCGGAGAGUGAGAUGGCCGACUUCUGUGAAACGCUGGCAUAUGAGCCGGCCCACAUUCUGCUGUGGCUCCUCCCCACCGGCGCUCUGCUGGCGGCCGUUGUCGCCACGUCAGUCGGGGCUCUGUGCUUCUACGUGAGGGCUGUCAACAAAGGAAAGCUGCCACGGUCACUGGAGAGAUAUACUCCCACAACCGUGUCAAACAUCGGGCAGCCUGCAGAGAUGAAUGACUUCAUUUCAAAAGCGAUGGUCUGCACCCAAAGUGAACAAAUAGACUUGGAUAAGUGCGCUAGGCCAAGGCCGGAUGGGCCUUUCGUCGGACCCGGAGGCUAUUCCCCACAGGAAGUCUCCAGCCAACCUUGGCCAUGCAGCGUUAGCUCUUUACCAGAGAGACUAAAUCGUCCGGACGUGACCUCCCAGUGUUCUGUCAUCUACAGUUCAGUGGCCCGGGCUGUUCCGACAGAAGACAAGGAGCCCGCGAGCGUGGUCCUGGAGGACGGUGCAAACCCAUUGCUUCCCCGGGACUUCCAAAGCCCAGCUGGUGUGGAGGAUUGCGAUGACCACGGAGACGGGCCGCUGCUGUUGCAAACAGUACGUGACGCCAAUGGACGACUCCAGUUGCCUUCGCUUGCGUUAGAGUUGGAGAGAAGCACCAUAGAACACCCUGAACCUGACAGAAAACCCCUUCUGUCUGACCUCCUGUUCUCCGCCGAGGACGUAUCGUCUUCAACAUUGUUGCAGCGCUCAGAGUCAACAGACUCUGGCUGUGAAGAUGGUACUUUAAACCCGCCCGAUCUGCCGUACGGCUACCCUGCACACUUGCCCUACCUUCGGGGAACACUGCCGUCUUUCUUCCCGAGCAUGAACAUAGCAUCCAGUGGUGUGCAUCCGUCAGGCUACGAACAAAACGGGCUGCCUUCAUUGCAGGACUGCGAAAUAAGAAACUGUGCUGGGACUCAGUCCAACGACAUAGAGGACAAAGGAUCAGACGAUGGAAUAUUCCUCAAAGGUUGGGGGUUACAAAUACGGGAGUAAUCAGACCUAACUUGUGCUUUUCCAGCCUGGCCAUCCAAUCAGUUGUUUUUAAAAAAGUGACAGAUUCGUAGAUGACAAUGAAUGCACUUUUCUUUGUAGCAAAGACAUUUUUAUAUGUAAGUCAAGUUUGACACAAAUGGACAAUGACAAGCUGAGAACCUCAAACAUAAAUGUAUGUUAUUUGUAUUUAUUAUUUCCUGCUUUGAAAUGAUUGCAAGGCAGGCAGAUAAGCGACAUCCCUAUAUCCUAUGUUACAGACAUACCGUAUUUCCUUGAAUUGCCGCCGGGUAUAUAGUAUGCGCCUGCCUAGAAUUACUGCCGGGUCAAACUCGUUUCGCAAAAUAUUAUUUUUAUUAGCGCAUGUGUAGAAUUUCCGCAGGGUCAAACUCGUCACGUCACGAGUGACACUUCACCUGUCAUCAUUUUCAAAAUGGAGGAGGCUGAUUUCAAUCAUUUGAAAUCGCAUAAAGGGAAGAAGGUUAAGAGCUAUUCAGUAGGAUUUAAGGUCCAAGCACCGAGGCUGAAAUGUAGAAAAAUAGGGAAGAAGCGAAGCUUUCCAGAUGCAAUAUUUACCGGAAAAAAUCCAGUUGUCUUCAAUUCUUCAAAACCUAUUUCCUACUUUGGGUAGAAGAAAAAUGAUGAAGUGAUACAAGUGUUGUGAAAUGUUGAGUGAAAAUGAAGAAUUCCAAUUGAAAGGCUGGAGACGGCCGAGAAAAACAAAGAAAGCAAAUAAUAAACUUGGAAUUUCAUGGCUGCAACACCUGCCAAAGUAGUUGGGAAAGGGCAUGUUCACCACUGUGUUACAUCACUUUUUCUUUGAACAACACUCAAUAAAUGUUUGGGAACUGAGGAGGUACGGUUCUACCUUGACUGCAGGUAACUUCCAGUCUGAUAAGUUUUACUGUUCCAUGAAAAUGAACUUUACACACUCUCGACAAUGAUUGUUUUUAUAUUUGCUCUCCAAUGGUAAACACAGCCCAAACUGAGCCUGUGAUUACAAGUCAUUAGUGCUGAUCAGCUGGAGCAUGCUCAGUUUAGUUUGAGGAGGCACAACAUAAACCAGAUGACAAGAAUGAUUGUUUCCGAUAUUUGUGUUCUGGUCCAUAAAACUGGGAUGUUUGCUUUUUUUUUUUGUCAGUGAUACCAUUUGGAAAUCAUUAAUAUGGAGUAAUUGUGCGUGGAGUGUAAGUGAUGAUGCAAUGUUUGAGGAUACAAACACACUAAACUAGCAUGUGUGAUAUAUUAUACAUUGUUGUUGGUCAAUUCCACUCUCAUGUUCAUUGAAAAAAUGUCAAAUAAACAUAAUAGUGUGAGAGUCCA